CUUCUAAGAAUUUCGCGUAGUCAAUGGUUCUGUCAUAUAGGCAAGAAUUGCGGCUGCAUUUUCUAACCUCUCGUCUAAUCACUUUUAGGCGAUUGCUUUCAACAGCUUUUGACAUUUAACAUAUGCUACCAUCGUCAGAAUGGUACUGUUGGAGAAUGAUGCGUUCUUAGCGGAGCUAACCAAACUCUUUGAGAAAUCGCGUCUGUCUGGUGCAGUGUCACUCACUAUUAAGAGAUUUAAUGGACAUAAUAAACCUGUGCCCAGGAAAGGCAGGCCUCCUCUACCGACUCCAACAGAGUAUCUUUGUCUAGUUCGUGCAUCUUUUCGCAAUAAGAAAAUCUCUACUGUUAUUCAUUCCAAAGAUGUAAACAAAUUCCAGCAGGCAUAUUGGACUCUCUUAAAGACAAAUAUAAGUGGACUGAAAAAGCUGAAGAAGGCAAAAUCAACAAAGCCAAAGGUUCACUGACCCAACGAGGACUAACUGCAUAGCAGUUGUUCAUUUCUUUGUUAUUAAAACUUUUUUAUAUACUGUGUUCGCCAUAUAUUGACGUUUGUCUAUUGCAUAAACCAAGGAGAAAGGUGCAUUUUGUGCAACAUUUUGUAUAGACUAAUGUAUAAAAGGUAAAUAAUAUGUUAUGAAGCACAUACACACAGCCGCAUUUUAUAAAUGCGCAUUUUCAUAAACUUGUGCAAUUAUAAUAAAGCAAUAUUCAAAUAUUCGAGACAACUAUUCGAUUAAAAUUCAAGACAGAUAACCGGGAAAGAAAUAUUUAACAAUUAUCGCGGCAUCAAAUUUGAACGGAGUUUUAAAUAAAAUUACUUUUAUUGAUCUAUUUGAUAUAUAAAUUUGAGUUUGAUACAUAAAUUCAGGAGAUAACGUUUUUCAUAUACAUUUUAUUACUAUAUCUUUUUCUUUAAUUUUUUUGUUGGAUUAUAUAUGUGAAGAUAUCUAUAUAUAAUAAGAAAAUAAUACUUCUUUUUAUAAAAUUUAAAUAUCUUCAGAUAUAAAAAGGAACGUAUCAUCUUUUAUAUAUUUUUAUCACUCUCCCUGUAUUGGAAAAAUUUCGAAGAUACUAAAUUUCAAUGCUAUAUUGUCUUCCAAACAAUGGAACCAGUGACUUGAAUAAUACUUCGAAAUAUAUCACUCUUCUAAUCGUUUGUCGCACAAAUAUUGUUUUGAAUGAUGCGAAAUAAUCUUUGUCUCCGUUCCACAAGAUUUAUGGUGCUAGACUUUUAGUUGCAAAAAUAUCUGAUCGAUUUAUCGCAUGUCUCUCCGGUCAUCUAAAUAAAUCUUUUUUUCGAGCAGUAAUCCGCAACUGCGAUUACCUAAUCGUUACAUAUGCAAGCAGUUUAUUUCGAUAGUGCCGAGAAUUACAUUUUACUUGUUUUGUUAAAACGAAGAGAAUUGCUGUAAUUUGCAUCUGUGUAUUAGAUUCAUUGCGUUUCGGAAUUUGGUUUCUGUUAUUCUUGAAAUAAACAAUUUGCAUCGAGUAUUUCGUCGCAAAUCUCAAAAUCGUGCAUCUUAAAAUGCCUGUUAAAGUAACAUUAUCGAUAAAAAUUGCCGUAUGAUGUUCUUAUUUGACAAUAAUGUCAAAUGGGAAAAGAAAGUUCGAAAGAAUACAUUAAUAUUGUUUUGAUACGGUCAGUACGAUUUUAUUUUUCCUCCACGAAUCAUGUUUUUCUCAUCUCAAAGUAAUCUGACGAUCUGUGCGCGGCAUUAUAUAUUCUACAAGUAAACUUUGGCACUGAAUCUGAACGAGGACCAUUGUGCAAAAUCCUGGAGGAUUGCCAAUUUAAUAUCUGAUGUGUGUAACAUGAAUUUAUUAUUGUAUACAUUACAGCCGCGAAUAAACAAUCGCGAGUGAAUCGCGUCGUCUUCAUGAAUCUCCUCCAUUGCGCUUUCGUUAUUGGAAAAUUAUGCGAAUUGGAGAGCAAGAAAUUUUGAUUGUAACAGAGUUAAGGAAUUUGAUUCUUCUUUCUAAAAAUAUAGCCAUAGUGCUACAAAUUUUCAGCUUGGAGCACCAAUUACUAAAUUGAUAUUGAAGAAUAUAUUUUCCUUCACGUUUCCUCGCAAUGUUUUCCACAGAUAUUGAAAAAAAAUGUGUUAUUUGUAAGAAAUGAGAAGUUUUAUGCAACAUAUAAAUAACAGAUGACAUGA